AUGUCAUCUAGGAGUAAUUCAAAGAGGCUGCCCUCAGAUGACAAUGUUGCCUCUGACGGAGGACUCCGACGUCGAGAGUUUUAUCUGAAUGGACCUUCCCUGGACCGUGCUUCCAAGCGUAUCACCGAGGGUGUUCUGUCCCCUCCCAACUUGAAAAACUCACAUAAGAGCAAGGGGAGCCACCAGUUGCAUUCUGAGGCAUCAGGAAGUAACUCAAGAAAGGGUGAAAGCAAUCAUGGGAUACAUGUGUCAGCAGGGAAUGAUGAUUUGUCAACCACGCAGAAACCAAGGAAAGUGAAGCUCAAAAUUGGUGGAAUCAGUCGGACCAUACCGGCAAAACCAAACCCUGCUAUACCAGAUUCCAGGUCUUCAGCUGCAAAGCCUACACGGCCAGGAGAUUCAUCGCACCGGCAAAAGCAUGGUAAUCAGACUGAAGGUGCCAAAGAUUCAAAUAGGUUGCCCUCUUCUCAAGACAAGAAAACAAGAAAGCUUUGGAAAAUUGAAGAUACCUUGACUCCGGAACAACCUGCCAAAGUUCAGAGAGAAGCGUCUUCGGAUCCUGUCCGGAAGAGUAGAAGGAUUGCUAAGAAAUCCAACAUGGACAGUGAAUUAGAUGAGGAAUAUGGUUUAAGUACUCCUGAAAAUCAUGGAGCUUCUAAUGAUAAUGAGGGUCAUAUUCGUGAACCUAAAAACAAAGGAGGGAGUAACCCUAAGAAGAAUGCCUCGAAGAAAGACCGGAGCAGGAGCACAGUUUAUGAGGUUGAUAAUGAUUUUGUUACACCCCAAUCAAAUAGAGAUGGCAAGAAAAGGUCAAGAGAUUCUACUGAUGCUGAUGAGGAUAAUGCAGAAGAGGAGCUGGCCUCUGAUAAUGAUCUUGAAGCUGAAAACAAGAAGCAGAAAGCAGUCACUGAAUUGUCUGCCAGUGUUAAGAGUGAACCUCUCACAACGCGUCGCCGAGCCCUUCAAUCAUGGAUGGAUGGGAACAGCAACAGUACCAUUGAGUUCCCCGAUGGUUUACCAGCAGCUUCAUCAAGAAGCAAGAAGGAAAAGCUCUCUGAUGCUGAGAUGCUCGCGAAGAAGGCUGAGGCUGCUCAGCGGCGCAAGAUGCAAGUGGAGAAAGCCACUAAAGAAAGCGAGGCUGAAGCUAUAAGGAAAAUACUGGGCCUGGACACCGAGAAGAAGAAAGAAGAGAGGAAGCAGAAGGAGCGAGAGGAGAAGGAGAAGGCAGCCAGAGCGCAAGAACUCGCCAGGAGCUCCAUCCGGUGGGUCAUGGGGCCCACAGGCACGGUGGUCACGUUCCCUGAAGAAGUAGGCCUCCCCAGUAUCUUCAACUCCAAACCCUGCAGCUACCCUCCGCCGCGUGAGAAGUGCGCCGGACCGUCUUGCACGAAUGCGUACCGGUACAGGGACUCGAAGCUGAAGCUCCCCCUCUGCAGCCUGGAGUGCUACAAAGCUGUCCGCGGGAGCGCUUGA